CUUCUAAUUUUAUCAUUCGCAUGAUGCUUUAGUCAUUUUAUGUCGGUUGUUUUUAGUUUCAUUCCAGACUUUUACUGUUACUUACCUGUGUGUCAAUACCUAAAAUCAUCCUUACGUUCGCCCACCAUUUUUAGUAUAUAUUUAUCAAUUAUAAUAAUCGUUACAUUCCUGUUAUUUUAACUAUCCACAGCGCCUUCUUCUAUUCUUCGCAACACAUAUUUCAGUGCUCGGAUUAGUUAAAGAUUUAGUUUUUUAAGAAUGAAUAUUUUUAGGUUAGAUCACCGAAACUUAAUGCUUAUGCAGAUGGAAAAUUAUUUAUAUCACCUCUAAUAUAACUGUACGUUAUAAUUUUGAUAAUAUUACCAACUACAUUUAUAAAAAAGCAAUGACAUCUGAAAUCGUACGUAACAUAUAAAAAUGUGGACAAUUUAAUGGUCUACUAAGAAACUAUAAAUUUAAAGGAUACCUGAAAUCUGGAAACUGCAUCCUGAUUGCUACCUACCACAUUCAUGAAAAAGGUGUGCAUCUUAUAAGAAACAUGCCUCUGUUCGGAAAGUCUCAAAAAAGUCCGGCGGAGGUGGUAAAGGCUCUCAAGGAAGCAGUAAAUGCAUUGGAGCGGGGUGACAAGAAGGCUCAAGAGGAUGUCAGCAAAAAUCUUGUACACAUAAAAAAUAUGUUAUAUGGAACUGCUGAAACUGAACCACAGGCAGAUAUUGUUGUGGCUCAAUUGGCACAAGAAUUAUAUAACAGUAAUUUAUUGUUGUUGCUUGUGCAAAAUCUAAGUCGUAUUGACUUUGAGGGAAAAAAAGAUGUUGCUCAAGUUUUUAAUAAUAUUUUAAGAAGACAAAUUGGAACAAGAUCUCCAACAGUGGAAUAUAUAUGCACCAAACCAGAAAUCCUGUUUACUCUUAUGUCUGGUUACGAACAUCAAGACAUUGCAUUAAACUGUGGCACUAUGUUAAGAGAAUGUGCAAGAUAUGAAGCAUUGGCAAAAAUUAUGAUAUAUUCAGAUGAUUUUUACAAUUUCUUUAGAUAUGUAGAGGUGUCUACAUUUGAUAUAGCAUCUGAUGCGUUUUCUACGUUUAAGGAAUUACUUACAAGGCACAAAAUUCUAAGUGCUGAGUUUCUAGAAGUUAAUUAUGAUAAAGUUUUCUCUCAUUAUCAAAGGUUAUUGAAUUCUGAAAAUUAUGUAACAAGACGACAAAGUUUGAAGUUGUUGGGUGAGCUUUUGCUUGAUAGACACAAUUUUACAGUUAUGACACGAUAUAUUUCAAACCCUGAUAAUUUAAAACUUAUGAUGAAUAUGCUUAAAGAAAAAUCACGGAAUAUACAAUUUGAAGCAUUUCAUGUAUUUAAGGUAUUUGUUGCUAAUCCAAAUAAACCUAAACCAAUUCUUGAUAUACUUCUUCGUAAUCAGGAGAAGUUGAUAGAAUUUCUAACACGCUUCCACACAGAUCGUUCGGAAGAUGAACAGUUUAAUGAUGAGAAAGCAUACCUAAUAAAACAGAUCAAAGAACUUAAGUCUGUACAUGAAAAUUAAGUCAAAAAUACAACUACUGCUACAGCUACUGUUAUUACUACAAUCAACUCUAUUGCUACUACUGCUAUUCUACUAUUACCACCAAUGUCGCCACUGUGGCUAUUUAUUAUUCUAAGACUAUAUUAUUCAAUUAGCAUCAUCAUCAUGAUCAUCAUCAUUAUCAUCAUUAAUGUUAUUUUUUAGCAUCACCACUGCAAUUAUCAUCACUAUUAUCAUAAUUAUCAUUAUUUUCAUCAUCAUUAUCAUCCUUAUUGUAAUAUUAUUUUUAUUACAUUAAUGUUGUUAUUAUUAUAUUAUUAUAUUAUAUUAUUAUAUUAUUAUUAUUAUUAUUAUUACUAUUAUUAUUAUUAUUACUAUUGUCGUUUCCACCAUGUGAUUUUCAUUAUCAUCAUCUUAGUCGUCGUCAUCAUCAUUUACAAUAAUAGCAUUAUCAUCUUCAUCAUCAUAAUAAUUAACUAUUACUUUUAUCAUGAGCACCAUUGUCAUCAUUAUGUCAUUAUUACUGCUACUAUUACUGCUAUUAUUGCUACUACUAUUGUUAGUAAUGCUAAUACACAAUCAGUUAAUUUUAUUUUCGAAUAGUUGUGUAAAUAAAAUUUACAUUUAUCACUUAUUAUUGUAUCAUAUAAAGUUGAGAUGAUGUUGUAAUACUCUAUAUUUCCAUUAAUGAGUUGAUUAUUAAAGUAAAUGGUAUGGCAGCUAUAAGAAAUUA